CUCUCUCUCCAAAGCUCUCGUUUUGAUUUGAAAGCAAUACAAUUUCAAACAACCCAACAAAGAGAGAGAGAGAAAGAGCUAACAAUCUCGUUCGCUCUCUCUCCACUUUCCCUUUGCCCUUCCCUUCUGUCACACACUCUUUCUGGGUCUGUCGGAGAGAAGGAAAGGGCAAUGGAAGAUCACCGACAUCCGCAACAAUGUCGACAUUGCGUCCACCUUCUCUUCCUCCUCCUCCUCCUCUGCUCCUCCUCUCUCUCCGCCGCGUCCGGGGCCUUCGACUACUCCGACGCGCUCGCCAAGAGCCUCCUCUACUUCGAAUCCCAGCGCUCCGGCCGCCUCCCGCACGGCCAGCGCGUCGCGUGGCGCGGCCACUCCGGCCUCACCGACGGCCUCGAGCAAGGAGUGGACUUGGUGGGAGGGUACUACGACGCCGGCGACCACGUGAAGUUCGGGCUUCCGAUGGCGUUCACGGUGACGAUGCUGUCGUGGAGCGUGAUAGAGUACGGCGACGAGAUCGACUCGGCCGGCGAGCUGGAGCACGCUUUGGAGGCGAUCAAGUGGGGCACGGAUUAUUUCGUCAAGGCGCACACUAGCCCCAACGUCUUAUGGGCUGAGGUAGGGGACGGGGAUACGGACCAUUACUGUUGGCAACGGCCGGAGGAUAUGACAACAUCCCGGCAAGCGUACCGGGUGGACAAGAGCAACCCUGGCUCGGAUCUCGCCGGAGAGACGGCAGCAGCAAUGGCAGCGGCAUCAAUCGUGUUCCGGAGGUCGAACCCGCAUUACGCUCACCUCCUGCUGCACCACGCCCAACAGCUGUUCGAGUUCGGGGACCGGUACAGGGGGAAGUACGACGAGAGCGUGGGGCCGGUGAAGAGCUACUACGCAUCGGUGAGCGGGUACAGGGAUGAGCUGUUGUGGGCUGCUCUCUGGCUGCACAAGGCCACCGACGGGGAGGAUUAUCUGAAGUAUGCGAUCGACAAGGCGGGCUCCUUCGGUGGGAUCGGCUGGGCCAUGUCCGAGUUCAGCUGGGACGUCAAGUAUGCCGGUCUGCAGUUACUCGCUUCUCAGCUCCUCAUGGGAGGCAAACACGAGGACCAAGCUCACAUUCUCGAGCAGUACCGUUCGAAAGCCGAGCACUACCUCUGCUCGUGCCUCGGCAAGAACAACGGCACCAACGUCGAGCGGACCCCGGCGGGUUUGCUCUACGUCCGGCAGUGGAACAACAUGCAGUACGUCUCGUCCGCCGCGUUCCUCCUCACGGUCUACUCGGACACCCUCCGCCGCGCGAACCGGAAGCUUCGCUGUCCUCGAGGGGCCGUCGGCCCCGAGGAGAUCCUCGGUUUCGCCAGGGCCCAGGUCGACUACAUCCUGGGCUCGAACCCGCUCAACAUGAGCUAUUUGGUGGGCUUCGGGCCGAGGUACCCGACGAGGGUCCACCACAGAGGGGCCUCGAUCGUGUCCUACAGGGAGAGCAAGGGGUUCAUCGGGUGCACACAAGGGUACGACAGCUGGUACGGAAGGCCCGGCCCGAACCCGAACGUGCUCGUCGGGGCGCUCGUCGGAGGGCCCGAUCGCCAGGACGAUUUCACGGACGAGAGGGGGAAUUACAUGCAGACCGAGGCCUGCACUUACAACACUGCUCCGCUGGUUGGGGUUCUGGCAAGGUUGUCGAGAUUGCCGGAACGAGGGGCCGAUCCAAGCGGGAAAGUGUCUUUGCUUGCUUCAUAUAAGAAGAAGUGAUACAGAGCUUCUGAAGAAUUGAAAGAGCAUCUGGUUUCUUUUC